CCGCAGACCUUAGACACGAAGAUCCCCCGUGGUCUGGAGAUCCCAGACUUUCUCUAACAACCCCACCUGCAGAGCAUCCCUGAUCGCACCGCACACCCGGGAAUUGUGGGGCCACUUGGCCGCUGGGGAGCUGUGAACCUUGGGUCCGGGAAAUCCGCGUCCAGGGAAGCCUUGGAGAGUCACGGAGCACGGGGCAGACCCCGGGGCUGUGGGAUGAGCUGGAGAGCCAGCUGAGGUCGCCGAGGAGCGGGUCCAGCCACCACAGGGGACAUGGCAUCUUGGCUCUGGAGAAAGCUGCGUGGCAAGAGGCGGUUGGUGAUGGUAUUCUGCCUCUUGAUGACUCUCUCUGUGGUGACUGUCACCCGCUUCCCCCCACAGCAUCCAGCCACUGGCCCAGAUGCGGGUCCCAUGGAGCCCCAGGAUGUCACUGGAGCCCCUAGCCCCCACAGCUGGCAGGCUCUGAGCUCCAGCUGGAGGCAGCGGGCCAGAGACCUAGAGGUCUGGAGGGGUUGGCCCUUGCCUAGGAAUUCCAUCCCGGUGUGUGCUAAGGAGCAAGGCCACAGAGGGACAGUGGACAGAAGCAGAAGGUCCCUGAGAGGGGAUAGCAGGCAUCCAGGGAGGGUCAGGAGGGACAUGACUUUGGCCUCUCUAGGAGAUAUGAGAUUCAGUAGCUCACGUCUUGUGCUCCUGAGGGACGAUGAGGACAGGAGUCCAAGAGCCAAAGACUUGAGUCCCCCCUGGCAUGACGAUCCCAUCGGAGAGGCACAGAAUGAGACUGGCACCCUAAUUGGCCCUGUCACAGGACGCGGCAUGACAGCUUUACAGGCUUGGAGAGCUGCUGCUGGACUAACCCCACGGCCCUACCCAGCGGCAGGCAGGAAUCUGCCAGGAGCGAGGAACAGAGCCUUGAUGGGUAGGCAACCAGCAGGGCAUCCCGCCCCGGCUACAGGGGCUCGUCAGUGGCCUGGCUCUGUUGGGGAGCUGCAAGAAUCUGUCUGGUGUGAGGCCAAGACCCCUGAGCUGUGGCGCAGCUUGAGGGCCGGUGGGCAGGUUCCCCCAUGGCUCACAGAGCAUGAUGUGCAAGCACUCCAGCUGCUGGCCCAGGGGCAGGUGGCGGGCAAAGCCAGGGUCCCCGGCCACGGGCAGGUGCUGCAGGUCGGCUUCUCCAGUGAGGGUGCCCUUCCGAACAUGUCCUCUGGGCUCAGCCAUCUCUGCUCCCAGGGGCUCUGUGGCCUGAUCAAGAGGCCAGGAGACCUGCCAGAGGUCCUGUCCUUCCACGUGGACCGGGUGCUGGGGCUGCGCCGGAGCCUACCUGCCGUGGCCCGGAGCUUCCGCAGCUCCCUGCUGCCCUACCGAUACACAGAUGGCAGCCCCAGGCCCGUCGUCUGGUGGGCGCCGGAUGUGCAGCACCUGGGGGACCCAGACGAUGACCAGAACUCUCUGUCCUUGGGCUGGCUGCAGUACCAGGCCUUGCUGGCACACGGCUGUAGCUGGCCGAGCCAGGCCCCCUGCCUGCCCAUCCACCACACUGAGUGGGCCCGCCUGGCGCUCUUCGACUUCCUGCUGCAGGUGCAUGACCGUCUAGACCGCUACUGCUGCGGCUUCGAGCCCGAGCCGUCGGACCCCUGUGUGGAAGAGAGGCUCCGAGAGAAAUGCCGGAACCCGGAGGAGCUGCGGUUGGUCCACAUCCUGGUCCGAAGCAGUGAUCCAUCUCAUCUGGUCUACAUCGAUAACGCUGGCAACCUUCAGCAUCCCGAGGACAAGCUGAACUUCCGGCUGCUGGAGGGCAUCUCUGGGUUUCCUGAGUCUGCCGUGCAGGUUCUUGCCUCAGGGUGUCUGCAGAAGCUGCUGCUCCUGUCCCUGCGGAUGGACCCCGUGUUCUGGGAGAGUCAGGGCGGGAGGCAGGGGCUAAAGCGGGUGCUCCAGACCCUGGAGCGGCGAGGCCAGGUGCUGCUGGAGCACAUCCGGAAACAUAACCUGACGCUCUUCAGGGACGAGGCCCCGUGAGCUUCCCCGCUGCCCAGGCAAGGCUCUUGUCCCGCUGGCAGCACCCCCUGCCCAGAUGAGCAUCCAUCCUCAUGGCCAUGUUCUCUUGGGCUCCCCCAACCUGAAGACAAAUUGGAAAAGCCUGAAGAAAUCAGAGGAUACCAUGGGUGUCCCAGAUGUCCCACCUGCUCAGGACGGUGAAGGUGGUGCGGGGUGUGGGGGUUUCCAUCUUACUGCCCUCCUUUCAGCCUUUUUGGCUCUGGCUGUUUACUCCCUUGCACCAAUA